AUGUACUCUGAUAUAGGUAGUGAAAGAGAUUCACCUGAUACUCAAUCGGAUAAGUCUCAUACGCAAGAUCUCGAGCACAGAUUGGAUCAAGCUCUGAGAGAAGCCGAUAAUCUGAAAAGAGAGUUGAGACGAAAGUCUUCGAGGUCUUCAGGAUCGUCUGGUGCCAGUCCAAUUCAUCUAACUGAACCUCCGACAGACGUCUCCGGCUCUCAUCCCAAGUAUGGCAAAUAUCACAACCGGCAAUACUCUGAUGAUCUCAGUGAUCGUGUAUCAGCCUGGGACGAACAGGACUACGGCUCACCUCAUACACGCACUCAAAGACCCAGCUACAGUCAAGACCCCAUAACAUCUCUGUUAUCUGGUGCAUGUUUUGGUAUGGGAGCCGGUUUAGUUGGAUCUUUCUUUCCGCCAAGAAGAACUGUCUUUUACGAUAAUGGCUCUCGCGCUACAUUCCUUAGCCAGCCUUUAGUUGCAACCACAAGCUACAGGCUGCGACCAGGCGAUACACUGUAUCUAUGA